UAUUUUAGACCUAUUACGUAAAGCUUGUACUAUAUUAUUAAAAUAUUAAUAUUAAUUAAUAGAUAAAGGAACAAACAAACGCGGGAAAAUACAAAAGGUACCUACACACCUACCUAGAAAUAAAAAAAAAACUUUUAAUAUGUUUAAAAAAUCCAAGCAAUGCAAAGAUGAACAGUGCGGUGUGUCAAAUAUAUUGGAAACGUUCGGCAAAUAUCAAAUCCUACAAUAUCUCUACGCUUGCCUCCCGGCGAUGUUUGUCUCUAUGAUGAACGUCAACUACAUAUUCGUAGCGGGAGAGGUGAAUCACAGAUGUCGUAUACCAGAAUGCGAUUCUUCAACUCCGAAGUUCGAAGUACCAUGGUGGCCGACAACUCAUGUCGACAACUGCGCCAAACCAGUGUUAAACACAACAAUCGCACAACAACAAGGCGAUUUCUGCACCAACAACAGCUUUACCGUCGCAGUUGAUGAAUGCAGGGAUUGGAUAUAUGAGAACAACAAUACCGUAUAUUCUACGCUCAACUUGGCGUGUCAGCCAUGGAAAGUGAGUUUAAUUGGAGCCAUUCACAACAUCGGAAUGGCGCUAGCAAUGCUGGUAGCUGGAUGGAUGGCUGACACAAUAGGCCGCAAACCUACAAUAGUAAUUUGCUCAGUAGCCUGCUGUAUUGGCAACUUCAAGACGUUGGCAAACUCAUACCCUGUAUACAUUGGACUUGAGUUUCUGGAAUCAGCUCUAUCCGGAGGAGUUUAUACUGCAGGUUCAGUUAUAAUGAUCGAAAUUGGAAAUAAGAAAAACAGAAUGCUAGCCGGAGUGCUUUUUGCCUACGCUAUAUACAUGGGUGAAGCUGUUUUCGCGGUGAUUGCCAUGUUGGUGCCUUAUUGGAAAACUCUCAUCCAUAUCAUAUGCAGUCCAACAAUUUUAUUCCUUUCCUACAUAUUCCUCGUAAGAGAAAGUCCGCGAUGGCAAAUACUGACUGGCAGAGCAAUCCCAGCAAAGGACACCUUAAAACUGAUAGUAAAAACUAAUAAACUAAAUACAAACAUAGAUGAUAUAGAUCAUUUGGAUGAAGAAAAACUCAAAGUAACCUUUAAUAUGGAAGGUAAUUCAACAACAGAAGGAUUCAGAGAAGUUUUUCGGUGUAAAGAAGUUCUGAAAAGGUUUCUAGUUGCAACAGUAUGUCGGUUCACGGUGACUUUUAUUUACUACGGUCUCAUAAUCAACUCUGUUUGGUUGCCCGGGAAUAAAUAUACGAACUUCCUGCUGGCUGCGAUCAUGUCAUUCCCUGGGGAACUUAUUUCAAUGUAUCUGAUGAACAAGAUUGGAAGGAAGAAGCCGCUCAUAUGCGGCUAUUUGCUUUGUGGAAUAUCUUGCGUGGCUUGUGGUGUCGUUCCUGGAUCAUAUACCUGGCUGAAGAUAUGCCUGUUCCUAUUCGGCAAGUUGGUAACGUCAGCGUGUUACACCGGCAUCGUCACGUACACCAUGGAACUGUUCCCCACCAGUGUGAGAGGUUCUCUACUGGGUCUGUGCACCCUCGCUUCCUCUGUGGGGAACAUGGUGGCUCCCUUGACGCCAGUCAUGGCAACUGUAUCACCAGUUCUGGCGCCGGUCUGCUUCGGCUGCACAGCCGUCGUCGCCAGCUGCCUCCUCAUCCUCACGCCGGAGACCAGGGACUUGCCCCUCAUGGACACCAUCGACCAAGUGGCGAGGAGUGUAGCCGCCAAAGCUAAUGUUAAGCUUGACAAGCGAACUGAUGAAGAAUGUACCGAAGAUAGAAGGAGAGGCGAAGUUUUUUAGAUAGAAAUAAAAGAAGCAUUUUAUUAAGAUAGAUAAAUCAAUUUUAAAAGUU